UUCCUUGCUGGAAAACUCUUUAUGUCUAUGAGCAUGAAUCAACAGAGACAAGACUGUGGAAACCCCCAUAUUUAAAAUCAAGCACUUAUACUUAAAAAUAUUUGUCAUAUGUAACAACGGCCUUAUAAGUUGAGAUAAAGCAAAUAUUUGUUAUUACUGAUCCAUUGAGUUAAAUAAUGCUAGCGAUUGUAGAAUACUUCAUUAAACGUCGGAUCAAUGAAUCAUCUCAAUCUGACGCAAGGUCACUCGAGAGCGUCGAACAUAUGGAUGUUAAUAAGAGAUUUCUAGAAGUUUUGAAAUCAUCAUUUGAUGUAAAAAACUUAUACGGAAUGAAUAAACUUUCCAAAAAGAAGAAAAAAAUGAUUAAAACAAUAGAAGCCAGGAUGGAUGAUUUGUUUCAAUAUGUAACAAAUGUUACUUCAACAAACGUAACAUUUGAUGAUAUUAUAGUUCUUGCAAUAGCUUAUUUUAAUAUUGGUCUCGCGUAUGCUGACUGUACAGAUGAAAAGGAAUUAUAUGCUGGUAAAAACUAUUUCAUGAGAUGUAUCAAACUGUUAGAAGGAAAAGAGCUGGAGCGCAAAGCUAUUUUGACAGCUAUAAGAGUGCUUAUUGAAUUAAGAUGUGUUUUGAUUAAACUACAGAAACCUGGGGAAUCUAAACCAUUAUUAGAUAAAGCAAUGGAGCUAUAUUUGAAAUACACAGAGGAAAAAAACAAGUAUCUCGAUCCUAUUAAUGUAUCAAACAUUCUUGGUAUUGAAGAAGAAUCAAAUUUUCAGCUUUCGCUAGAUAAACUUCAUUUAAUAACUGUAGACCAACUAGUAAAGCAGUAUCAUCUUUGGCCCAAAGAUAAGGAUAGAUUGGUAAUAUACAUACAUAAUUUAUUGAACAGACAAAUACUUGAAACAUUAGAGUGUCUAGAUAUAGAAUGUUAUUAUUGGGCUUUAGCGUCAGUUGAUUUAAGCCAAUACUUCAUAUCAAAGCAUUGUUUCACUGAAGCCAGACAUCAUCUUGCUGCUGCUGAUUAUGUGAUGGAGAGAUUUCAUAAGGACAAAUUGAUGACAAUAGAUAAAACGACUUAUUCAGAAUCUAUACAUGCUUCAAUGUUUGAUAAAUAUCAACAUGUUUGUGCCAAUACUGCUAGAUUCUGGGGUUUUUAUGGAAUUGCGCUUUUACGUUUAUCAAAAGAAAAAUUGUGUCAAGAAAAUGACAAAUCUUGUGAAACAGAUGAUUCAAAAUCAGAAUCCCUUAUAAAUCCCGAGAAGAAAUCAAUUAAUUUUUUAUUAUUUGCUGACUUAGAAAAGGAUCUAGAAAAUAUUACUAGCCAGAUUGCAGAUACAUAUGUGUUAAAUCUCAAUGAUGCCAAAGUAGUUUUUGUAAAUGUUUUGAGAUGGCUUGAUAUAGCAAAAUCAUAUUUUACCAUAGAAAAGAAUUUUGGACAUUAUGGAAAGAUAAUAAUAGAAAUUUCCAAAGCCUACAAGUAUUUUGCAUAUUUUGAACAAUCCAAAGUCAAACAGAUAAAAAUAUGUAAACUGCGAAUAGAAAUCUUAGAAAAUGCCAUUAAGGAAUUGUAUAUAAGAGCUAAAAGAAAAGAAGAAUUUCUAAUUUGCAAACAUAUUCACUUUGAAUUAGGGAUUGCUUAUUCUGCUUUCUCGGAUAUGAAGACUGAUAAAUUGGAUGAUGAAACUCUAAUCAUGACUGUAGAAUAUGACGCUAUAUUUACAGAAAUACAUCAAUCAGUAAAAAAUGCCAUAGAACAUUUUAAAUUAUAUUUAAAUAUUUAGAUCUUUGAAUGUAUAUAUAACUGAAAAUUUCGAUUUCUUUUUUCUAAAAUUUAUAUGUGUGUGCUUUUUCUAUUUGUAACAUUUUAUAUCUGAGGAAAUAUUUUUGUACUUUUUUCUGUUGUAUAAAUUAUAAUAAAAGUUCAUUGUUUAUCAUUUGUACACAUAUGCACAUGCACAUGCAUGCACAAAAAGCAAUCUAUAAAUUAUAUAAUUAUGUUUGCUAAAUUUAUAUAAUGGAUGACUUUUCAUUUUAAAGCAUAAUCUUAUUUAUAAUGUAAAUAAAAAAAGACAACGUAUAAAUAAAGAUACAGUUUUUGUAA